AAGCGCAAACGUGGCACUCGUACCCUUUCCUCCACGCUCUUUUUGCGCUUAUAAACAGAGAGUGAGAUCUGAUAGGUAAAUUUCUAGGGUUUUGUUUCUGCGAGAGAGUUGAUCAGGAUGAGCGAAGGCGACGGUGGUGGCGAGCGGAGAAGAGGGACGGUGAAGUGGUUUGAUAGCCAGAAGGGUUUCGGUUUCAUCACCCCCGAUGACGGCGGUGACGAUCUCUUUGUCCACCAGUCCUCCAUCAGAUCUGAGGGGUUCCGUAGCCUGGCUGCAGAUGAGGCGGUCGAGUUCGAGGUCGAGGUUGAUAGCAACAACCGCCCCAAGGCCGUUGACGUCUCCGGCCCCGACGGUGCUCCCGUUCUGGGAAGCAGCCGUGGUCCUCCCGGCGGAGGCGGCGGCUAUGGUGGAGGUGGAGGAAGAGGCGGUGGCCGCGGGUACGGCGGGGGUUACGGUGGGAGAGAAGGUCGAGGCGGUGGCGGUGAUGGAACGUGCUUCAAAUGCGGAGAGCCUGGCCACAUGGCGAGGGACUGCAACCAAGGCGGCGGAGGCUACGGUGGCGGUGGUGGUUACGGAGGCGGAGGCAGGUAUGGCGGUGGCGGAGGCGGGAGCUGUUACAGUUGCGGCGAGUCCGGCCAUUUCGCAAGGGAUUGUAUGAGCGGGGGCCGUUGAAACGGCUUUUUCGUCGGGCGGUGGAGAAGGGUCAGACGGUUCUAUUCUCGUCGCGUAUCAUCCAAUAUUGUCCGCUUUUGCUUUGGAUUUAGUGUCUAUCUGUUUCCAUUUUCACGAUAUGGGUUUGGUUAUGGUGCUUGGGAUGAGUAAGAAGCGUAGUGUUUCCUUUGGGGAAUUUUUCUGUUUUCUGAUGCAUGUAAAAGCUCUUGCUCUGUUCCAAGUGUUCACAUACGCAACAAUUUCGGUCGGAUUCUGAUGGUUUUGUUGUUGAGUUUCAA